GCCAAGUGACGGAGCUCGAUCGAUCGUUCGUUCAAUUGUUGUUAAAAUAUACCUAUAAUCGGGGACAAAUCGAAGAACCAGUGUGAUUUUUGGCUCGAAUAGCCCCCUAAUCCGUUCCAAUGCCACCAGUAUCGCCAGUACAGAGAAUCGUCGUUCGCCUUGAGUUGCACAUACAUACACUUGGGUGCUCCGAAAAAUUAUGCCCGCUAAUAAAAUAGCCAGAGUCUUUGUCGUCGUCGCUGGAACUGUAAUAGCCGCUGCUCCGAAAAAAGGCUUACGGCAGAUCUCACUAGGUCCGAGGGGCAGUUAUCGUCUAAGCUCCUCCUCUGUUGUUAUUUCCUCGCAGUGAGUAGUAGAUCAUGAAAGAAGACCAGAGGAACGCCGGGAGACGCCGAAAAAAAUCAUUGGGGGCGAAAUUGGCGCUUCUGACAUGUCUGUUCCUGGCUGUGGUGGCUGGGGCGACCCCGACCUCGCCGUCCAUAGCGGCCGAGCUGCAAUUGGCCUCACCGGACCCUGCCGCUCCCGAGCCCACUUCGCUCGGAGAGUCAAGAAAACACCGCGGCGCAGGGGACGGCGAGCUAGGGUCCGACAUCAACAUCAACGUCAACGGGAACCUACUGGUGUCCGUCAACGAGUCGAGCGGUACUUCCAGCACCGUCGGGGAUUACCCCGACGAGCCGACCACCGCGACGAGCAGCCUCACCACCCUGACCACGGCCACCGACGACACGCCGGCCUCAACGACAAACACGGAAUCCACACUCGCCACGGAUACUGACGUCUCCACGGUGAUCACGACAACGGACACGGUGGAAUCCACUGACGAGGAGGCGACCACGACUACCGAUGCGACGACGAGGAUGCAGGACAUUACGACUCUGAGCGUGCCACCACCGCCGGAGGAUCUACAGACAAAUUCCGAGAGUGCGACCAGCACGACGUCAACAGUGGUGACCACAGCGACGGAAAUCACGGCUGCGAGCUCCACGGAAACGUCCACGGCUACCACCACCACCACCAUCGCCACCGAGACGUCGUUGAGGACGCUUCCGUCGACCACUACCAUGGCAAACGUGCCGCUGACAACCGCGACGAGCGAAGGAACGAGGGUUCCGUCGGAGACGGAGGCUUACGUUACCAGGAGCACCUCGUCCACCGACGACCACCAGACCGGUAAGGACGUCACUCUCCUCGUCAAGAUCGUCUUCAAGGGCAAUUGGAGCAGCGUGUGCAGGGAGCUGCGCUCCAUCCGCGAAUCUUUGGUCAAACUAGUCAACAACAACGUCAAGGACAAUAGAAUAUCCCUCGACCAAGUAGUGUUUCACGAAAACCACUGUCCAAGGAAUUUUUCGACAAAAUCGGCGGAGGAGGGAACAUCGGCGUCCCUGUUGGUCUACGUAAUCGACGCGAGCGGCAAUUUGAACGAAAACUUGACCAAAGCACUGCCGAGUUUCUACAAUAAGGGAGACGUUACCUUUCCGUUGCCCAUCGAGAGCUUUGCACUGGACGGGACCAAAGACACCAAAGGAGGCGGGACCAACAUCGCGGUAAUAAUAAUUGGGUCUUGCGCCGGCUUCGUCUGCCUACUGCUGCUCGCCGCAUUAAUCUUCGUAAUGAGGAAGCGCCAAGUCCACUUUAACUACGGGGAACGGUGUCGUCCGGUGUCCCUGGACGCGUACAACCUCGACAACGUCUCGGCCUACAGCAGCGUCACGCGCGGCAAGUCCGCCCUGAGGUUCUCGAACCGCAGCUACGGCAACCCCAACUUUGAGGACUCGAGCGCGGUACCGUCGCACACGCUCAACUUUGCCGGGUUGGCGAGUUUCUGCAACGACCCGAGCGGCAUCGCCAGAGAGUUUUCCGGGAUCCCGCAGGUCUCCUCGAGCAUAGACGAGCUGCCCGCGGGCGCCGAGGUGAAGAAUCGCUACGCUAACGUCAUACCGCUACCGGAGACUCGGGUGCCCCUGCAGAGGCUCAACAACGACCCCCUCACCGAGUACAUCAACGCGAGCUACGUACAGGGCCCGAAGAACGCGAGCAAGUAUUACAUAGCCAGUCAGGCGCCGACCGAAGGGACGGUCAGCGACUUUUGGCGAAUGAUUUGGGAGCAGCAGGUCAAGGUGGUGCUGAUGCUGACUGAUCUGGAGGAGAACGGCGUGGAAAAGUGCGUCGAGUACGUGCCAACCCACGAGGUCAGCGACUGCCAUCGGCUCUUCGGGGAUUACCAGGUGACGCUCAAGAAGCGCGAACCCAAGGACAAGUACGCCGUGUCGUCGCUGCGGCUGAAGAAUUUGGAAAACAACACGUUCCGGGACGUAUAUCACCUUUGGUACCUGUGGCCCGCAAACGGAGUCCCGUCAGACGCCUCGGGACUGCUAGACGUUCUCAUGCAAGCUCGAGCGCUCCAGCGCGGCGUCACGAGUCCCAUACUGGUGCACUGCAGCCCCGGCACCGGUCGUACCGGCACCCUCAUAGCCCUCGACCUGGUCAUCAGGCAGUACGAGAUCACCCGGACGGUCGACGUGCCCAGGGUCGUCUACACGAUCCGCAGAAACCGAGCCGGCGCUGUUCAGACCAAAGAACAAUACACCUUGAUAUACCAGGCUAUUAACCUUUACGCUAGUAAACUGGCAGGAGGAGCCGUUGAUUCGAACUGAAAACUCGACUGUAAAUCGCCGUUGUUGCAGGACUUCUUGACGAGGACCAUGUUACUGCAUUUCAUUUUGUUUGUUAUCAUGUAGGGUACAUGUACAUACGUAUUUAACGUGCGUAUGCACAAGUACAAAUCUCGGUCUGUUAAACAAGUUAAAUGUUUGGCAAGUUGUGCGCGACUUGCGUCAAUCAUUGUGAUACAUAUUAUAUAUUUUAUAUUGUAUAUUGAUUUGCAGGUGCUCAGGUAGCCUAAAAGUAUUAUGUGGUUAAAUGACUAUUUUUGUGGUACAAUAUUUUCAAGUGAAAUGACGAGAUCUGUGCGGGAGCUUUUGAACUCGUACGUCGCUGAGUGACUGUACGCGUCAAAUCAAUUUGACUGAUAAUUUUUCGUUACUUUUGUGGUCCCAAGUGUGUAAACGUAUUUAUACGUAAUAUCGAAUUGCGUGCGUACAAAGGCUCGAUUUGAACGAUCCAAUAUUCUGUAAAGUGGUUUAUGUUGUAUUUUUCAAAGUUCGAAAUAGUUAAAUCCCAUUUGAGGUGUGUACACAACACUUUUGCAAUGACUGUGUUAUUUACACUCACUGACGUAUAUUUUGUUUAAUGGCUGAAAAUCCGACAUGGAUGUUGUUACUCCUGUUAUUGUUGUUUCUCUUAAAAUAUUUUAAUAAUUGUUGUGUAAAUAAAAGAAAACCACACUUGCGACACAGUCUAGUGCUCUCUAGCGGGUUGACAUUUACGUAUGUUAGUUAGAAUCGUUGUUGCAAAGGAUAUCCAUGAUCGACUUGUGGAAUGACAACAGUCAAGUAGAAAUUCUUUGUAGGUGUUCUGUUAUUUAUUUGUUGUAAAUAAAACUUUCGUAAAGUGACUUGAAACUACAAUAAAACAACUUUUUUUAUACAUAA